CCGACAAGAAUUCUGAAAGGCGAAGAAGAAGACGAAGAACCAAAAACAUCAACGAAGAAGAACCACGAGCAGGAAGUAUGUCCGCCGGCUCCACGCUUUACCGCUCUCUCGACCAUUCAUUCGCGAAACAAUAACCUCAGAAACUAAUUUUAAUGGAACAGGACCAUCGGUUUGUUUUUAGAGCACUGCAGUUUCUCAUAUUUCCCAAAUAAACCGAAGACGGAAACGACAGCGCCUCUAUUGCAGCGCAAGCUAGCUUAACGUAGAAAUCGCGCUGAAGUAGUUUGGAGAAUCAUCCGUCAAAGUUUCAAGUGCGUCAAUUGAAUGAAAGGGGCAGUGGACACCAACAUGAUCAAGGAAAACCGGUGGAACAUACCUCCCAAUGCUCCGGCGUGCAUGGAGAAGCAUCUGUGCGCGGCGCAAUACAGAGCAGAUGGCACCCUGCUGCUCGGUGCUUCCAGCCUCAGUGGCAGGAGCUGGCAGGGAUCUGUGUGGAUCUACAGCGACCCCGAACAGGCCCCCAAUGAGGGUUUCUGCAAAGCUGGCGUGCAGACCGAGGCUGGUGUCACGGACGUCAAAUGGGUGUCAGAAAAAGGAGUUGUAAUUGCAUCGGAUUCAGGUGCCCUGGAGCUCUGGGAACUGGCAGAGGAUGAGCGACUGCUGGUGAAUCGCUUUACCAAACAGGAGCACGAUCACAUCGUCACCUCAGUGAGCCCUGUUGCAGGAGCAAGCAGUGCUGUCACUGGCAGCAUGGACUGCCGAAUUAAGGUGUGGGAUCUCAGUCAGGAAACGGCUGUCACAACCUACAGUGCGCACACACAGCCAGUGACUUGCGUCGCCUGUAGUCCAACAGAUGAUUCUCUCUUCAUCUCUUGUGGCCAAGACGGCCGCUUGUUGAUGUGGGACAGAAGAAAGCCGAACAAGCCAGCCUCAAGAAUAGAUGUAGAGUCCCGCACUUGCUCCCCGACCACUGUAGUUUGGCACCCCCACCACAGAAGCACCAUUGCUCUUGGUGAUGAGCUGGGCAGAGUGACUAUGAAGGAUUUCCUGGGAACAGAGCCAGCCCGCGUGGUAGACGUCCACAGCCGUAGAGUUAACGGGCUUGCCUUCUCCACACAUAGUUCCCCUCUGCUAGCCUCUAUUAGUGAUGACUGUUCUCUCGCUGUAAUGAACUCUGAUCUACAGGAAAUACUUAGAGAUCGUCGACACCAGGACUUUGUCAAAGGUGUGUGUUGGCUUCAAGGUGGCUCCAACACUCUCACCACAGUGGGCUGGGAUCAUCUUGUGCUUCAUAACACAGUGAAUCCAGCUGAUGGAGCUCCCAGCUCCUCUUCUUAAACUUGGACAUCCUUAAAGAAGCACGGUUUAAAAUAAGUAUUCUCCCCUUUUUCAGGAGGCGUUAAAAAUAAUAUGUCAUUCAACAGAAGUGUAUUGAAGUGUCCCACUGUCAUUCAGCACUGCACUACUAAUACCUAGUCUCCCUAACCACUUCUCCUUUCAUGCUGUGUAGCAUUUCCAUGUAUAUUAACCGUGGAGGAAACCCAUUUGUAUGAAAUAAUUUUACAUUAAAGGUAACUUAAUGUUGUAAUAGCAAGAGCAA